AUGCCAGGAUUUUUUGUGUCGAAUAGUCAAGAUAGAGUGAAAACUCCUGGACCAUAUGAGUCAGCGGAUGAAUAUCUUGCUCGAGUAUUGCAGAAGAUUAUCAUCAUUCAAAAGUAUAUACGUCGAUGGCUUGCAAAGAAAAGAGUGGCGCGUUUAAAGAAGAUGAGAGAUGAUUAUCUGGCUUGGGAGGAAGCCAAAGCUCAGGAAUAUAAAGACGAAAUUGCAAGAAGAAUGGCGCAUGACUUUGAGCGAAGGCUUCAUCCGAAAACUGCAGCUGACUUUGACAGAUUGUACAAUGCCUUGGAAGCAUGGAGGAGAGAAGAAGUACAGAAAAUAGAAGAGCAAAAUUUAACACAAGCAGAAAAGAAAGCAGCUUUAGCCUUAAUACUGAAUGAAGAGGCUGAAUUGAUAACAGCUAUAACCAGACACCAGAUAUGUAUAACCAAGAAGAAUGCAGAAAAAAUUCGGUCUCACUGUCUAAAAAAAGCUGCUGCUCCGCACCGAUGGACAUCUGCAAUUGAUGGAAGAAUGAUUGAAGUUGCAACUGCUGAAACGAAUCGAGCAAAAGAGCUUCUAGAUAUAUAUGAAAGUUUAAGUCUGGAAAGUUUAACACAAAAUGAAAGACUAGACAUACUUCUGACGCUAAAACAAACAGUUACUCCAUAUAAUAUGAAACUUAGCAGGGAGAUAGUUGGACUAGUUGACAGAGAAGCAGAGUUAAUUAUGCGUGGUGUUCCAUGCGAACAGUUAUCUGGACUGAGGCAGAGAAUUCGGAAUAGAUUCAUUCAAUUCGCAAAGUUACCUCAAGUUAACCCAGAAGUGGGAAAAUACCUUGCGGUACCCACAAACACACAGGAAGGAGAUGUACCAUCAUUAGUACAGGAUAUUCAAUACUGCGUAUCGUGUGGGCGAUACCUGAAGAAAAAAUUCUUCCCACUCAGUGCACGAGCUAACAGUCUAGUUCCGUGCGAAUCAUGCAGACGAAAUGAUAAUCGAGGACGAAAUCGACUAGAUCUUGAGCCAUAUCAAUAUAUACUAUUAGAACUACGAGAAAAUGAGUCUAGACUAGUAGAAAAAAUGAAAAAAAUUGCAAAGGACAAUGCUCGAGAGGCAGAACUACAAAGAUUAGAACGAGGUGAAUCUCCUCAACCAGAUACAGAUAUCAUUAUCAAUGGAGAUGAUGACGGGGGUGUUUCCAUAAAUCCGCUUCCAUUCUUGAUAAACAAAGAAGAUAUAAGAUUUAUAAUCGAUCAAAUCUGGGAAAAUCGGUCAGUCCUAUCAGGCUGGACAGAUUUAUUUGAUUUAACAUUAACUCGAUGGAAAAUCAAUGAACCAUGGUCACCUUGGAAUACUAUAGUUGUGACUAGAGAGGAGGCUGAAAUUCAUGCAAACUUAGGCAAAUUGAAAGUGGAAGAUAUUUAUGCCGAUCCUCUAAUCAACUUAGUGAAUCAAAGGCUUAUAAUGGGUAAGAAUGAAUUUUUGAGAUUAUAUAGCAACGGUAACAAAAUGGCUGAGGAAAUUUUGAUUCAUACUAAAAGAAUGCAAAACCCAGAGAAUACUUCACAAUGGCUGAAAGAAAAACGUCAAAAGUUGCCACCUUUAAUGAAUAUCCCACAAUCACAGAUAAUUAAGUCUCAUGCGCCCACGUAUCAACCACCAAAUACUUUAUUACCUGUUAUAAAAGGUGAGAGAAGAUGGAGUUCUUUAACAAAGGACAAUUCAUGCACAACAUAA